AUGACACGGCUAAGGUUGAAGGUUGGAACAAGUGAAGGAGAAAACAAGUCUGUAGCAGCGCGUGUCUCUGAUGUCGUUUUUUUUAGGGAUUUCUCCGGUAACAAGUGUCAGGAUCUUGGAUAAAAAAACAGAAUCAGGAAAGCGCACACUGUGAUGACGUUUAAUUGGUCAGUUGUGUUCUGUUGUUGUGCAAACACACAAGCUUAAUCAACACGAGCCCUGCACGGUUGAUUAACUCGUUAAUUUUCCUGACAGACUGACACACACACGCACACACACACACUGGGGCAUGUUUACGCACGAUCGUUACGCGUAUUACGCACUAAUCCUUUUGGAGAAAAACAGCAGAAAAAACACUUCGCGUAGCUGAAGUCACAGAUUUACCUGGAGCGCCGCCAACAUAAACAUCACGCCAGCAGAGGGAUGCGUUGGGACUCGUUAAUGUUCCUCCGACGUUCGGCCGACAUGCUGGGGAUCUGUGUGUGUCUGUGCGUUGUUUUCAUGCAUGUCCUCUCUCAGGAGGCUGAGGAGCCCAUCUCCUACACUUGCACAGAGGGGUAUGAGUAUGACAGAGUCAGAGAGCAGUGCAGAGACAUCGACGAGUGUGCCUUGUUAGAUGAUGCCUGCAAAGGAGGGAUGCAGUGUAUCAACCACUUUGGUGGAUACCUCUGCCUCCCCAAGAGCGCCGUCAUCUACAUCAGCCAGGAGGGCGAGCAGGUGCAACUGCCGGACUCCAUCCCUCCUGUCCCGCCGAGCCAGCCCCAGAUCCCGCAUGUGUUCUCUGGCAACCAGAGGCUCCCCCAGCCCACCCGGACGGUCCGCUGUACGCCCGGCUUCACCCCAGAUGAGCAGAACCUCUGCAGAGACCUAGAUGAGUGUGCGACAGGUAGACACACUUGUGGCUCCGAACAGACGUGCUACAACACCAGAGGCUCCUACACCUGCCAGUGUCCUCAAGGCUUGCAGAGGAACGGAGACCACUGCGUCGACAAAGACGAGUGUGCCCUGAACCACUACUGCAUACACAGAUGUGUUAACACCCAGGGCUCGUACUACUGCGAGUGCAACGAGGGUCACAAGUUCGCCAGCAACAACCACAGCUGUGUCGAUGUGAAUGAGUGUGACGUGCAGAGUCCCUGUCAGCACCACUGCUACAACCUGAUUGGCUCUUUCCUCUGCCAGUGUGACCAGGGCUACGAGCUGGCACAGGACAUGGUCUCCUGCCAAGAUAUUGAUGAGUGCAGCUUCUCCAGCUACAUGUGUCAGUACCAGUGUAUCAACAGCCCAGGAAGUUACUCCUGCGAGUGUCCAGAGGGAUAUCAGCUCCAGGGAAACAGGUUGUGUCAAGACAUAAAUGAAUGUGAGACGGGGACCCAUAACUGCCAAGAUGAUGAAAUGUGCUGGAACUAUUACGGAGGCUUCCGCUGCUAUCCCAGAAACCCCUGUGAGGCGCCAUAUGCCAAAACCUCUGAGAACCGCUGUAUCUGCCGUUCUCAGGCUGAGUGCCAGGGUCUCCCACCGUCAAUUGUCUACAAGUACAUGAGCAUCCAGGCAGACCGGACCGUGCCAGCAGACGUGUUCCAGAUUCAGGCCACCAACAUCUACUCCAACACACACAACACCUUCAGGAUCAAGGCUGGGAACGAGGCAGGGGAAUUCUUCCUGCGGCGUUCCAGCAAUGUGAGCGCCAUGCUGGUGCUAACCAAGCCUCUGACAGGCCCCAGGGAGUACGUCAUAGACCUGGAGAUGAUCACUCACCAUCUGACCAUGAACUACCGCUCCAGCUCACUGCUGCGGCUCACCAUCAUAGUCGGGCCAUACGCUUUCUGAGCACCACCGCAAUUCCCAACAGCCCACACAAGUCCGGUUCAGGAAACAUAGCAGUGUAGCACAGCAGAUGCCUGUUUUAGCAUAAAAUACUGUAUAUUUUCAUAAAAUACAUGCAUACAACAUAUAACAUAGGCAGUUUUAAGACUCUUACAGCAGCACGUCAGUUCAAAAUGGCUCAAGACAGACCAGUCCAUGUUGUGAUGUGACCACUGGGCAUCUCUUUCUCUCAAGGUGCUUGGAGGCAUAUAUGAAAAGUUUUAGUGUCUUGAAGAAUUGGGCUCUGUAAUCUUUAAAGUUUAAAUGUUUUGUACUUUAAGUGCCUGAAAGUGACAUAAGAAAGAUGCUGUAUGCAUCAGUUUGCUUCUUCCAUACUGAAAGUAAUUGGGAUCAGAGCAGUGGCACGCCGAAAAAGACGCCUAGUGGACACACACCCUAACGUGGAUGGAUUUUUGAUGCAGCUGCACCCACAUUUAUCACUUUGUUACGACCAGAAGUGCUUACAAUAACCUGUUUGUAUAUCAGUGAAGCACUCUGUCUUAAGCAAGACAGACAAAAAAAUCAUAUUUUCUUUAUUAAUAUACAUGACAAAUAUCCAGUAUGAGCUUCUUUUGAUACAGAAGUAAUUUUUUUAAAUCACGUGCUUUUGUUGAUAAAUGUCGUAGGGGUUAGUGCUGCUGCGCCACGCUAUUCAUGCAAGUGUCUGUACAGUUUUACUCAUGAGUAAUAACUUCCAGAGGAGUCCAGAACAGUUCAGAAGUGUAAAGGGAGGGAAUUUGCCUGUGAGUUGAGAGACUGCUUAACUUUGUACGACAACAGGCUUCGUGCUCGUGGACUUUACUGACAGGAGUUAAGUUGUGUACAUACCUAGGUAACAAAUCUAUGUGUGUGUGUCCGUGUGUGUGCAAGUGUUUGUGUGUGUGGAUGGGUGAGAGUGAGUGUGUGUGCCUGGCUUUGUUUUUGCAUGCAAGCAAGUGAAAGUGUGAAACACCGAGGGGGAGAAAAGGAAAGAGUAAGAAGGGGCUUGUUCUCUGCCGCAAGUUGAUGUGGUUGAGCUGUUUAUGUGUUUCUUUGAUGCCAUCCUAUAACAGCCCUCGGUCACAGAGGCAAUAACCAAGAUUUCUGAACCCGAGAGCACUCCACAGGAAAUGAGGCUUUCGUAACACGCCUUGGCCAAUUGACCCCUCAUUGGUGCCACUGCGGAUCCCCCAGAGGAACAGCUGGGCUUUCUAAUGUCGGCCCCAGUCCAGAAGUCGCACUGGCACCAGGCUGGCGUGCGUGAUAAAGAUAAUUACAGUGCUUCGCCAUGUACCUAUAGUUCAUGUGUGAAACAGGGGAUUAUUAUUAAAGUGUUAAUACAAUGCCACCACACUUUUUGAAGAGGAGUACUCUUUCACUACCUGCUUCGCUUUUCGUGACUCCGCGUAUCUGUUCUGGCUUAUUGCUGAAACACUGUACACUUUAGACACAUUGCACUGAAAACCACAUCGAAAAUCGACAUUGUUGUCAGCAGCGCUCUGCAAGUGUAGAAACUCAUCCAUCUUUGCCUGGAAGUCUUUUAUGUGGUUUCUGCAGUGAUCAUGCAAUAGUGCCUUAGAGGUAUAAACACAAAAAUGUAACACUAAUCAGUCAUGCUGUCAAGACUGUUAAUCAUUGAAAUGCCUUAAUGUUUUUUUUCUCUUGUAUUUAAAAUAUAUUUUGUCAUAUGUACCUUAUAUUGAUUGUACUCUGAAGAGCAAAAAUUAUAUUGUUGAAUAAAACAUGAUGGAUAAAUGGGA